UUGUCAAAUUUUCAGCCCGAUUGUGAAGAAGACGAUAAGAUUAUAUUCUGUGAUGGCUGUAAUCUGAGCGUGCAUCAAUCGUGUUAUGGACUUGAUUUGGUGCCUCAGAAUGAGUGGCUUUGUCAGAAGUGUGCUCUGCUCGGCAUUAAUGUGUUUCCUAAUUGCGCGCUGUGCCCUCUAACGGGGGGCGCAAUGAAAUGUACGGAAUGUGGUUACAUAUGGGCGCAUAUUGCUUGUGCGCUCUGGAUAUCUGAAGUGCGAUUCGUCGACUUCGUGCAUCGUGAGCCCAUCGCAAAUAUCUGUGAUGUUCCAUUGGAACGAUGGAUGCUCAGGUGUGCUUAUGACUCUGAUGCACUUUGA